AUGUCGCUGGCCAAGUCUGUCUACAACACUGUCUUCAAGCGUAACUCUGUUUACGUCGGAUCGAUCUUCUUCGGUGCCUUCGCCUUCGGUAUCGGCUACGACCUUGCCACCACAGCAUGGUGGGACUCGCAUAACAAGGGCAAGCAGUGGAAGGAUAUCCGAGGAAAGUACCUCGAAGACUCCAAGUAA